AUGAGCACAAUACAGAAUAUCAAGAACUUCAUCAGGCACGGGAAACAAGCACGCCUCGUCGGCCCACACGCCGAACCCACCACCGACGUCUCGACGAUCCACGCCGAGCAGCAACCCCAACCCGCAGGCCAAUUCUCAACCGCCCUCGAUUCUUUCGAGACCGGCGAUCGUGGGCAUGGUCAGCCCGCACCCGAGAAGACAGAGCAAGUCCGACACGAUCGAUCCGUGGAAAUUGAACGUUUGGUUGCAGAAGAGAAUGUGAAUCGGUCCAAGAUGCCCAAGUACCCCGGUUUGGAACGCUGGAUCUUGAUGGAAAAGAUGGGCGAUGGUGCCUUCAGCAAUGUCUAUCGUGCCAAGGAUUCUACGGCGCAGUACGACGAGGUGGCCAUCAAGGUGGUACGGAAGUUCGAGAUGAAUAGCAAUCAGCGAGCCAACAUCCUCAAGGAAGUCCAGAUUAUGCGCAACUUAGAUCACCCCAACAUCACCAAAUUGAUCGACUUCUCCGAGUCUCGACAAUACUACUACAUUGUUCUCGAGCUCUGCCCCGGAGGCGAGCUUUUCCAUCAGAUCGUCCGAUUGACGUACUUUAGCGAGGAUCUCAGCCGACAUGUCAUUCGCCAGGUCGCCGAGUCGAUUGAAUAUCUCCACGAGACAUCGGGUGUCGUUCACCGUGAUAUCAAACCCGAAAACAUCCUCUUCUACCCCACCCCUUUCGUUCCAAGCAAAAACCCGAAACCUAAGCAGUCGGGCGAUGAAGAUAAGGAAGAUGAAGGAGAGUUUAUCCCGGGAGUUGGCGCGGGCGGUAUCGGAACGAUUAAGAUUGCCGACUUUGGUCUUUCCAAGGUCAUUUGGGACAGCCAGACCAUGACGCCGUGCGGAACGGUUGGCUACACGGCACCUGAAAUCGUCAAGGAUGAGCGGUACUCGAAGAGUGUUGAUAUGUGGGCCAUGGGCUGUGUUCUUUACACCCUUCUGUGUGGUUUUCCCCCAUUCUAUGACGAGAGUAUUCAAGUCCUCACCGAGAAGGUCGCACGCGGCCAGUACACUUUCCUGUCCCCGUGGUGGGACGACAUCUCCAAGUCCGCUCAGGACCUGAUCUCACACCUGCUUACUGUUGACCCGGAGAAGCGAUUCACCAUCAAGGAGUUCCUCGCGCAUCCUUGGAUUCGGGGAACUGACGAAGAGACAACCGCUGCCGACGAUGCGCCCCCGCUGGCAACUCCCUUCGGCCAAGCUCGCCAAAAGAACCCACUGGACGCCGAAGCGGGCGGCGCAGAAUCAGCCCCGUACCAACCCCACAGCACCCGCGCUGCUUUGGAUGUGCCAUCUGCAGGAUCUGAACGCAGGAUGGACUUCCGCUCACCGGGCGCGUUCAACUUGCGCGAGGUCUUCGAUGUUGGCUACGCAGUCCACCGUCAAGAAGAGGAAGGCAAGCGUCGACGAAACGUGGGCGCUCGCAGCAACAACCCAACUGCCGGUUUCCAGUCCGCACUGGGUGCUUUGAACGAAAACUACGACGAUGAACCCGAUUACCGCGCCCAGGCAGCUGGGCAACCACCCUUGAAGGUCGCCAAGUCCACCACCCAGCAGUCCGGCGACAUGGCCGGCCUCGACGCUAAGCUCCGCUCGACAAACCUCGGACAGAGCAGCGCCGCACAGGCCCGGCAAGCAGGCCGCCAACCUCGGCAGCAGGGCUACGGCCAACACGAUGCAAAGGUCGCUGCCGCUGCUAAAAGCAGCAUCGGCAAAAACCAGCAACCGUUUGAGCUUACCUUGGACGGCGCAACCUUACUCGAAAAACGUGGGCGCCGCAACCAAGGACAGCCGGUAGUCUAA